AUGAGUCCAGCAGCCAUCGGUGGGCCCCACUUGCGAGCUACUUCGAUCAAUAGCACUGGACCGAUCAACACUACAAGAAGAAAUUGGAUUAAUGGUGUUGACAACUCGAAGGGCGAAAGUCGAGUGCUACCGCAUUUGAGCGACUUGGUAAAUGCGAAACCCCUUGUCGAUAGACAGUCUUCAUUACGGAAGUUACUGGAGGCAGGCGAGGAAGCUGCGAAACAAGCGGAGACAUUGCUCGAUUUCAAACGUCUGGAUUUGGCUCUUCAACAGUACAUCGUAGCUUUUACAAUAGCCGUGGAGUAUAUUCCCCAGAGUCCGCAUUACCCUGACCUAAGGACUAGACCGGACUAUCCUCGACUAUACGCUGGCCUACAAAACAGGCUCAACAUACAACACAGCAGAUUCGAGGAAGUUAAGAGGUUAAUUAAAGAGGAUAACGCAAGAACGGGAAUUAGCCCAUCCAAUUCAUUUACACAUAAUGGACAACCCGUUCCAAGAAAUAUCGACAAUAGUGCAUUUGAGCCUACCAUGCGAGAUGUAUAUAGUAACGCAGCCGACAGGCAACUUGAUACCAUAGAUAUCACAAAAAGCAGCGAAAGCCGUCCAAAGCCAACUGUACAGCCAAAACCACAAGGGCUCCAUGGCAAGUCGAUCCAGAUGGCAAAUCGUAUAUCGCCCACUCUAUCCAUUUCAUCCGAGAAUGACCUGGCCACACGAUUUGCCCGUCUAAGAAGUUCAAACAAUCCAGCCCCUAUUCAAGAUCCUAGGAUUCGGACGCAACAAAUCACUAUUCCAGAUGGAAUCACAGUAGAUCGAAAAUCAACAAAUGCCGUAUCGCUGCCCAAGCAAAAUGCGAGCAUAUUGCGGCCUCUCGGUCCAAGGGAAAUGCCAACGAGUUUAGCAAUACCUCUUACGACAGAAAAACCAAUUCUUGCCGAACUCUUGAAUAAUUUGCAAUAUUUCGGUACAAUUAUUUACGAUCAUGCUUAUGAUCGUCCAUUGAAGCGACGACCAAUGUUACUUGCUGGUGGUGUAGACUCCUGGGUGGACCUCGUUGGAUCUGGCGCGCUGCAAGGCGCAAUUCACGGCAAUAAAUCUCUGCCUAAAACUAAGAAGCAUGAUCAUCACGCUUUGGGUCGAGUCUCCAUAGCACGUGAACCUCGGAAAACCAUAGUAACGAAGAGAACAAUCUCUAGAUCGCGGACAUUAUCAGCGACAGAGGAAGAAAAGUGGGAUAAGGCAUUAAAAGAAUGUGUUGAGACUGACGAUGCACCUGCUCAGGAAUUAGCUAUAGACGAAUCGCGUUAUGCCAGAACGACCGAGGAAUUUAUGAGAAGAUACCCAGAAAUUUCCACAGUCAAACAGUCUAUGGCGUUGCCGUCAAAGCCGAGGUCAUUGCCUCUUUAUGAUGGAUCAAUGAUCUCGGCCCCACCAACUCGACCGCCACCAGCUUUACCAAGACAGAGAUCUAGUGGUAUUUCCGAAAAGACCCCCUAUAAGAAUUAUGCUAUGACAGGGGGAAACUCUAGCGCUCCUCCCCGUGUUGAACCCGGUCUAUGUGGUCUAAGAAACGUCACGGGGAGCCUGUGCUAUAUGAAUACUGCCAUCCAGAUACUCAGUGCCUCGCCGGCAAUUAGGAAUUUGUUUAUUAGAUUUCAAUAUCCUUGCAAUCCUGCAAUUCCGAAAAAGCAACACGAAGACAGCCCUCCACGGCAAUUAAUGACCCGGGCUCUUCGCAGUUUGUUACAACAUAUGUGGUGUGGAAAAUAUGAUGAAAUUGUUCCAAGAAUGUUUCAACAAUAUGUCCAUGCAACUGCUGUUGCCUAUAAAGGUAAUUUAGGCGCCAACCCCAAACUUUACGCAAGUGACAAUGCAGAAGUGCACACACCUGUUACAACUUAUGGGAGCGCAACACAACAUGAUUGCGGCGAAUUUUUAGGAUUCCUUUCUGAUAGAAUUAUGGAUGAACAGAAUAUCAACCGUGACAAAUCUGUUAAAGAUGUCGACUUUGGGGCCACAAACAUUGGAGUAGAUUUUCCAGAGAUUCUUGACAUGGGAAAAUACACAUGGUUAUCAGAGAAAGAUGACUAUUCAGACCAACUUCCUGCAGAGCAGAAACGUCCAUUCUUAUAUGAUUGUUAUGCUGUUGUACAGCACAGUGGGACUCCUAAGUCGGGUCACUAUUGGGCAUUAGCUCACCGUUAUGCUUCUAUACCGCCGCCAAGGUAG